AUGACUGUCAAGUUCACACUGCCCCCCGGCUUCCGCCAGCUCGCGCCAGACACUCGCACAGACGAGCAGAUCGCACGCCUGCUGCAGACGCACCAGCCCGUCAGCGCGUCCGAGAAGAACGUCUGGGCCUUCUGGGACAGCGGCUGGACGGGCAUGCGGCCCUGGUGCCAGCGCAACAUCAUCAACUGGGUGCGCCGUCUGGGGCCCGAGUGGACGGUGCGCGUGCUGGACAACGUCGAGGGCUCCGUGAACAACAUGCUGCGCUUUGUGCCAUCGUCCCAUUUCCCAGCCGCCUACAACGACGGCACGCUCGCCGGCCCGCCGCAGCAUCUGUCCGACUUGCUGCGUCUGCCGCUGCUCUUCCUCUACGGCGGCGUGUGGAUGGACGCCGGCAUGCUGCUGCUGCGCCAUCUCGACGACAUUUGCUGGCGCGAGAUCGCGUCGCCCGCCAGCGCCUACGAGAUGGCCGGCGUGCUGAUGCCGCUGCGGGCCGCCCCCGGCCCCAUGCUCAACGGCUUCAUCGCCUGUCGUCGCGGCAAUGCCAUGGUCCAGCACUGGCACGCCGUCUACUGCGCGCUGUGGCAAGGCAAAACCAGCGCAGACGGCUUCCACCAGCACCCUCUGCUGGCCCACUUGGCGCCCUACGAGGUGCAGAUCGCGCAGCUCGAGUGCCCGCCGUUGCUGAUCCCCAAUGCCAUGCUGGGCGACUAUCUGGCGCAUUUCCUGGCCUUGGAACGGCUGCACCAUCUCUACGAUCCGGCGUCGGGCUUUGAUGGCGCAGAGUACUUUGCCGAGAAGAUCCUCAAGCUCAAAGCGACCGACCAUUUGUACUACGCGCAGAGGAUUACGGGCUGGGACGGGCGGAAGCAGUACGACAUGCUUGCGACAGCCGUGGAUGAUGUGCACGCGCCUCUGCAUGCGGACGCAAGCCAGUUUGUCGACGAUGUGCUGCGGAACAGCGCCCUGAUAAAGCUUAGCCAUGGCCCGCCGUGUGGGCUGGAGAAUCUGGCGUCUAUCUGGGAUGAGGAGGCUCGUGCGGAGGAUGACAUUGCCCCGGGGACGUUUGCUGACUAUCUCAGAUAUGCCAGUGUCUCGUGGGAUCUUUGCGGGGGGCCAAUUGAGCCAGUGGUGGUCGAGAAGCCGAAGAAUGUGUUCAAGGCGGGCGUACUGGAGCCGAUUCAAUAUCUAACAGAGCUGACUUGCUAA